GCUGGAAGAGAGUAGCGAAGACAGCGGAAGAGCGCAGAAGAACUUGCCUAACUUUGCUUUGGUGGCAGAAAUGAGAACAGUUGAUAAGCAUGCAACAAGGCAAAGUGAGUGCAGCAGCAUCAGCUAGCGAGCAGUGAUAAAACAUAGCACUUCAACACAAAUUGAUAAGAGCCUCGCAUACUUACAUGCUGCAUGUAUGUACAUAUGCUUGAUUGCGGACGCGGAGCGGAAACACAAGUUAAAAGCGUUGAGCACAACGACAGCAAUCAGUUGCGAGCAAACUGCCCAGCCAAACAGACGUAGAAAAUAACAACAAAAAAAUCGGCAAAUGAAUGAAUGAACAAACACACAAAGUGCAAGAAACGAGUUACGUUAAUAACAUACUUAACUGAAGAAGCGCCCGCAGUAAGAGAAAGACAGACCGAUAGAGAGAGAGCGAGAGAGAGAGGUCAGCGAUCUUUUUAAGCUAAUGACGAGACACCAGCUAAAAUAGCGUGUGUAUUAAAAACAAUUCAAUUUCAAGGGUAGACGACAACGGCAGCAACAGCAACAACGGCUGAUUCAGCAGAUACGCGCAGUCGGACAGACAGACAGCUAGAUAGCCAAGUAAUUAUUGGUUACUGAGACCGUUUCCAAAACAGUAUCAAUUCGAAGCUUGAGCAGAACACAAUUCCAAUUCUUUCAACGAUGGCACCACCCACUGUCUUGGUCACUGGCGGCGCCGGCUACAUUGGCUCACACACCGUGCUGGAAAUGCUAAACGCUGGCUACAAUGUCAUCUGUGUGGACAAUCUAUGCAAUGCUUACAGCGGUGGCGCUGCCAAGUUGCCGGAGGCGCUGAGCCGAGUCCAGGAGAUAACCGGCAAGAAGGUCAACUUCUAUCGUGUGGACAUCACGGAUCGCGAGCAAGUGCGCUCCGUCUUCCAGGAGCACAAAAUCGACAUGGUCGCUCACUUUGCCGCCUUGAAAGCUGUCGGAGAAUCGUGUCGCAUCCCCUUGCAAUACUAUCACAACAACAUGACGGGCACCAAUGUCCUGCUGGAGGCCAUGGCCGACAAUAAUGUCUUCAAGUUUGUCUACAGCUCCAGUGCCACCGUCUAUGGUGAGCCCAAGUUUCUGCCCGUCACCGAAGAGCAUCCCACGGGCAAUUGCACAUCGCCGUACGGCAAGACCAAAUAUUUCACAGAGGAGAUUCUCAAGGAUCUGUGCAAGUCGGACAAGCGCUGGGCUGUUGUCUCGCUGCGUUACUUCAAUCCAGUUGGCGCACACAUCAGCGGACGCAUUGGCGAGGAUCCCAACGGUGAGCCAAACAAUCUGAUGCCCUACAUUGCCCAGGUGGCGGUCGGACGUCGUCCAUGCCUCAGUGUUUAUGGCAGUGAUUUCCCCACAAAGGACGGAACUGGAGUGCGAGACUACAUUCAUAUCGUGGACUUGGCCGAGGGUCAUGUGAAGGCCUUGGACAAGUUGCGCAACAUUGCAGAGACUGGUUUCUUUGCCUACAACUUGGGCAGCGGCUCCGGCUGCUCCGUGUUGGAGCUGGUGCAUGCCUUCGAGCGUGCCUCUGGCAAGAAGGUCAACUAUCAGCUGGUCGAUCGUCGUGCUGGCGAUGUGGCCACCUGCUUUGCGGACGCCCAGCUGGCGGAACGUGCCUUGGGCUGGAAGGCAACGCGUGGCAUUGACAAGAUGUGCGAGGACACGUGGCGCUGGCAGAGUCAAAAUCCCAACGGAUAUGCCAACAAAUAAUAGUCGCCUCUUUCCACACUCUCUGGUGUCAUCUUGCCCACCCCAAACUCCGUCUUCGUCUCCACCUCCCCCCACAACUUUAUUCCUGCAAAAACUUUCAGCAAGUUCCUCUACCAAACUCCGCAAUAUCAUAUUAUGUAUUUAAUUAUUCUAAUUAGCUAAAUGCUUGCGUAUGUAACUAGUUAUGUAAAUUUCUCAGUUCUUUGAUUUUUUGUGUCAAUUUGAAAGUGCAAAGUGUUACAAAAUUAAUUAAUGUAUUGUCGAUAUAUAUAUAUGUAUGUUAUUGAUAACUGUAUGUGUAUGUCAAAGCCCAAAAAGUACUUUGUAAUUAAAAUGCAACAACAAGCUGCACUCGUCA